AUGGCGAAAACCCUAGAGACAGCUAAGAAGCGCAAAUUCGUGAAAUCCAAUUCCAAGACAAUCGAUAAGAAGCAGAAGAUCAAUAACUCUGCUCAUCAGCGACAACAACCUGAAUCCUCGACGCACAAUUCAAGCUCCAGCUCUGAUUCCAGCGAUUCGGAAUCGGAGAAGGAAUUCGACCCGGAGGAGCUCCGGGAGCUUCUGCAGCCGUAUUCCAAGGAGCAGCUCGUCGACCUCGUGUGCUCCGCUGCAAAAAUCGGAUCCUCGAUCUACUCCGCCGUCGUAGAAGCCGCCGACCGUGACGUCACACACAGGAAAAUCUUCGUUUACGGGCUUCCAUGGGAGACAACGCGCGAGACUCUGUUCGGAGUUUUCGAAGGCUACGGCGAGAUCGAAGAGUGCACCGUCGUUAUAGACAAGGUCACUGGUAAGGCCAAAGGCUUCGGAUUUGUGAUGUUCAAGUCGAGGAAAGGAGCGAGAGAAGCGCUCAAGGAACCGAAGAAGAGGAUUCUUAAUCGGACGGCGACUUGCCAGCUGGCCUCAAUGGGGCCUGCGGCGUCGGGAAAGGGGCAAGACCAGCCGGGUCCGGUUAAGAUAAGUUUCGGUUCGAUGGCUAAUCAGGGCCAGCAACAGCAAGCGCAAGCGCAAGGGCAACAGUUUUUUAGCGGCGGUGGAAUGGCUGCUUCGCCGUAUAUGUUAGGGAGCCAAUACCAUCCGGUUUAUGGAACCGGGAUGUUGGGGAAUCCAGCUUUAGCAGCGGGCUACAUGUAUCCGAUGCUGGCGAGUGCUCUGAGCCAUGGGGGGUUGGGUUCUGGUGGUGCGUUGAUGGGUGAGGCAGGGGUUGGUGCUGCUGGUCUAUCAUCUGCUCUGGGGUCUUACUUUAGAGAUCAGAGUCAGCCAAGUGCUUAUCCAGAUUCCGAUACCGGGAAAAGAGGGAGUGGUAAAGAUUCGGAUGCUGGUGGCUCGUUUCAGGGCUACUCAAACUAUUCAUGGUACGCUCACUGUAACCUUUUGUGUUUUGUAGCAGUACAUUUGCUCAUAUUGUGGUUUAGAUGUGUUUUGGUUAAGCAUAUUGUGUAUGAUUCAGAUUUCAGAGUAGGUGUGUAA